CUCUACGAUGUACAUCCACAUCCACAUCCACAUCCCACGCCUGUCAGCUGUCAAAUGCGGUACGUACCUGUGCUUCUCAUUUCAACCGUCAACCACUUCACUCACUUUGAUUCCACGCUCCUCUGCACCUCCACCAUCGUCACCCUGCAUCAACUACGAGUAACCGUCAGCACAGCCCCGAUGAGGCUGCCACGCAGAAACUGCCCGUGGGGUCAGGCACACCCGAAUCCAGACAUAGCCUGGCCCUUAACUCCUCUAGAAUUGUACACUUUGCAAUCCGGCCCUGCCCUCUUUCACCGCGUCUUUCGGUCGUCCCGCGUUGCCUGAUCUAAACAGGAUGUCGUUUCUACGACGAGGAAGCCUCCCUGGGCUUGGAGGUCACCGCCGCCGCUUGACGAAGUGGUCAGGUGCCGGCGCCGUUGUCCACGACGCCAGGCCUCGAGAGUAGCCUCUCUCUCUCCGUCGAACUCUGCUGCCUGACGACGAGGAUCUGCUAUUUUGGUGGUAAGUAUGUGGUGGCAAACUCACCUGGGAUGGGAAGCCGUUCGUGGGGGCCGUUGAAGGCUGAAGACGGUCGACCUGAGCACGGCCACGUCUGGAACCCUGCGCAGACGAAGCUGUUGUCUUUGCUGCCUUUCCAAGGGCCAACAACACUGGAGCCGACCCGAGCCCCCGCCGUACAGGAGGCCAGAGGACUUGUCGUUCAUUUCACACUUAUUUACGCUGGUUUUCAACCGGAGCCCGAGACCUACGUUUGUGCUGUUCGAAUAAUACCUAUCCCCAAUUUCUUCUACAUUGGACUCUGGGUGUCGAGACGACAGGCGUGGGACAUUUUCGGUCAAUUACCGCUGCUCAACCAACUGGCCUUCGAGGUUGCGCGGACCCAGUUAGCUCCAGUCCCUUUGGAGCAAAGCGUUUCUACACAUGGAGGUUUCCCAAACGCUGGCACGAGUGGUCCUUCCGUAGCACGAUCUAGGAGUGUACUUGUGCAUCACGGAGAAAGCAUGCGUCGUGGCAAUGUCAGUAUCUUACCAGAGAAGCUGCCCCGUUGUAGCGACUUGUUGCAGUAUCGGCUCUGUCUGGAUCCGGUGCCGUAACAUUGCCGCCCCUGGAUAACUUGUCGCGGAGGCUGAAAUGGCCGAAUCUUGUUCCAAAUCACAUGCACAUGCCUCCGCGGCGUUUGGUUCUUGGCGAAAGAGCGUAUAUUAGCCAUGUCAGACUCCUAGUCCAUUUGGCUUCUUCC